ACUGGAAUAAAUCUUUCAUCGGAUCGUAUCUGCCAUAUAGAUUUAUCAUAUGGAGCAAGGGUUUUCUGAAAUAAUCUCUCAUGUUAAUUGCAUUGUUUUCGGGAACUGCAUAGGGACGGGGAAUUGGUGACACUGUAAAAAUACACACAUACACACACACACACACACAUAUAAUACAGGUCUGAUUUAAUAUACUUCAGUGCAGAUGAUCACACUGCAGCACUGUGCUUAGCUGUUAGAGAAUGUUGUAUCACAUCUUGGAAAGGAGAGCUUAGGACAGGCCUGCAGGCAUGUGGAGGGACAUUUUAUGCAAAGACCCCCCUCCAGCCCACAGCCAACCUCCCACCAGCUAGCCUGGGCAGUGGUCAGCAACAGAGAGACACCUUCUGUCUCAUCUCCUGGGACCCUCUACCCAAAAACUGGAUUCUUUUUGCCUUUCAUCAAGGUUCCAUGUGAACAACUCCAAAUCUACCAACAUGUCCAGGUCAGAUGAAGUCAACAGACUGACAGAGAAUGUAUACAGAGUUAUAUUAGAUCAGUUCAACCCAAGUCUGAGGAACUUUGUGACAAUGGGAAAACAUUAUGAAAAAGCACUCUCAGGUGUCACGGUAGCAGCAAAAGGCUACUUUGAUGCACUUGUAAAACUCGGUGAACUGGCCAGCAUUAGCCAAGGGUCCAAAGAGCUUGGAGAUACAUUAUUCCAAAUGGCUGAGGUCCAUCGACAAAUACAAGUUCAGCUGGAGGAAGUUUUAAAACUUUUCCACUCGGAACUCUUGGCUCAGUUGGAACACAAGCUGGAAUUAGACAUCAAGUAUUUAACUGCGACACUGAAAAAAUACCAGGUUGAGCAUCGAUCCAAGUCUGAGUCAAUUGAGAAGUGUCAGUCUGAGCUAAAGAAGCUGAGGAAGAAAUGCCAAAAUAGCAAGAAUCCCCAAAAGUAUGGAGACAGAGAAGUACAGUAUGUUGAAAUUAUGAGCACCAAACAAUGCGAGCUGGAACAGUUUGUGGCAGAGGGGUACAAAGCAGCGCUGACGGAGGAACGACGACGCUACUCCUUUCUCGUUGACCGUCAGUGUGCUGUGUCCAAACACUUCAGUGCCUAUCACAGCAAGGUAAAAGAACUGCUUUGUGCCAAACUUCCUUCGUGGCAACAAUCAUGUACACAGCCCACUAAACUUCCUGAACGAGCUCUAGUGCUGGUGAAACAAACUGCCAACAACUCCACAGAGCCUGUCAUCUCAGACCCAGUGCCAAGUUCUAAACCACUAGAUGUCCCACCAGAACUGGCACCUCUCCUUGGAGGCGGUCUUUCCAUGAAUCAUCGUAUGUCUAUACAAGAAGUCCUUCCUAUUCCCAAUGGAGAGACCCAUCGAACUAGAGCAUCUCGUGAUUUGGGAACCCCAGUUCAUAUGGACCCAGUGCCACCCACUCCAGUGUCUGCUCCACAACCAGUUCCACCGUCAUCCCUGACGCCACCACCUCCAAAAGCCAAUGAGAUGUAUUCCUGUACUUUACCAAUGCCACGCAAACCAGCCUCAGAAAAUAGACUGGCUACGUUAGUGGAAAAUAAGACCCUACCUCGAAUCAGUCCCUUAUCUGUAUUACCGCCGCGCGUGGAACGGCGCAGAGUGCAAGCAGUUUUCUCCCACACAGCUGGGGAGAGCAGUACCCUGCUCAACUUUCAAGAAGGAGACAUCAUUCUUUUGCUGGUACCUGAGGCCAGAGAUGGUUGGCAUUAUGGCGAGAAUGAAGCCACCAAAAUGAAAGGAUGGUUUCCAUUUUCUUAUACUCGUCCACUGCCACCAGCAGAAUCUUCGGACAAACUUAACUCCAAUUUUCCACUUAGUAAGCUAAACAGCAGCAGCACUGGAAACCUGGACAAGGUGGGAAUGUUACCUUCAGAUUCUGAAAACAGAAGAAUAGAAGCAACAAGAUACAAUCCUUCGCCUCGUACGAGCACUUUCCGACAGCGACCAUACAGCAUGAUUAACCCCGACUUGGUUCAACUAGCAAAUCAAUUUGGAAGUCCAUCUUCAUCCCCCUCCAGAAACAAUCCUUUUGCCCACGUCAAACUGAAACGCACCAUCACAAACGACCGCUCAGCGCCUGUCAUCCAGUGACCUUGUGAUUCUUACUUCCUUAACCUUUAUAAACCAUUAUCUGAUUUGAGGAUUGUCUACAGUGGAAGACACCACCACAAUUAAUUUAUGUGUUCUCCAUUGAAAGCAAGAGCUAGUGUAAUACACUGUUAGAAGGGCUGAAUGUAUAAACCAGCAACUUAAUAACUAUUACUCUAAAAGUGUUCUGUUUACAGCAGCAUUUUAGAACUUUCUUACUUUAUAUACAUUGACUUGUUUGUCAAAAAUUAUUGUAUCUAUCUUGCGUAUAACCCAAGACUUUGAGCUAUUGGCUGGAUUUUAGAGUGUAAAUGACUUAAAUAGCCAACAAUUGCUGCACCUUUCAGAUUAAAUAUUUAUAGAAUGACCUCAACAGUAUUAUAGAACAGGUGACUUUUAUGGGUCAUUUGAAAGCUGCAAAUUGAAAGAGAGAAAAUUAGCUUUUACAUUUUUUUGAAGAUCACUUUCAUGAUAAGCAUUGGCGACGUGACUGAGGAGCGCUCGGUUUUAUUAAUUAAAAUAAACACACAGGGGAAAGGUUCAUUUACAUUGUAUAAAAAAAAAAAAGUAAGUGAAGAUUUGACUGCAAGUGUAAAUUCUUCCUAGUUAUAAACAGGUGUUCUAACUAAAAAAUUUAAAGCAAAGUGAAGGAUAUAAAGUGAUUUUAAACAAUUUCCAAGUAAGGUUAAAUAUAACGGGCCAUGGCACCAAGCAAAAACAAAAUCAUGGUUAUUCGGUAAUGUGAGUAUUCCACCUGAAUUCAAACUGAAUUUCAAAUUUAAGACCAAAGUAGCUGAACUGGAAAUAAAGAGGACCUAGAGAAUGUUUCAAGUUCAUCUGUAGGGCCUUAAUUUGGAAUUCACAUUGUAUUCUCUCUUUAAUAAAUAACCCUGAAUCUGUUAUGUUUAUAUUGCCUAUAACAUCUAAGGAUGUGUAUGUGUGCACCCCAAUAAAAUAAUAAUAUAGAUACAAUAUUCAAUCAUAUUGAUUAACCUUGAAUCUAGAAAACAAUGAUAUGUAAACAAAUUAGACCGAUUUUUUUGUACUUGUGUUAAUUCACAGCACACAUUUUAUAGUUCUGCCCUUACUUGGCUGAUAUUCUGGGCUGAGUUGGCAAGUCUCAGAGAGUUAUAUCUAAACCAAUUCAAUGAUUUUACAAGCACAACUUAGUGCCAGAAAAAAACUGCUAUUUCUCAGUCAAUUCUUCACAAUAUUCAGUUUGGUGAAUAAAACCCCAAAUUGCUGUGUAUGUGGCACCCAUAAACAAACGUGACAAAACAGACCUAAUUUAACAGAGCAUUUAUCAAGCAGUCAGUUGCCAUGUGGAUCAGCACAGAUAGCUCAUAGAAAAAGCAAAGAAUGUCCCCCAGUAAUAAAUUAAAUUUAGCUUAAAACUAGCUGGCAUUGUAUCCAAUACUCCCCAAGUGGACAUAUCUGGAAAUGCACGCACGAAUUGCUGCUACACAAAUAACAAAACUGAUUGUUGCCCAUUGGGCAAUUGCCACUCCACAUAUUUACCCAUUCCACCUCAAUGCCUGGGAUAUUACUGGUAACAUUUUUAGUGUAUGGAACAAGUCUUAUAGGAUGUCAGUGAUGGAGAAAUUAAAUAUGUGAAAGAUAGCCAGGUGGCCACGCUAUGUUAAGUUAAAUGAUGUCUACAAUAUAAUUAUGUUCUAAAUGUUACACAAGAAAAGAAGGUCAUAUAAUACAGGAACUAGGCUAAUGUUUUGUUUUUCUUAUUGGCUGGUGGCCACUCUCCUUCCAUUGUCAAUUUGAUGAGCUUUUUUUCCUAAAGAGAAUCUUAACAUGGAUCCAAGUGGAUGUUCAGAAAGAUCAUUCACCAAAAUGACAAUACUUACAAAAAAAGGUUAGUUUGGUGAGAGUAAAAUAAAAAGGUUUGAAACGACUUUUGCUGUACAUUAGGGACAUUUUUGGCUUAGACUUAAUGAAGCUUAGGGUAUCAGAAGUUAGGUGUCAUUUUUCCCCAGGAGGUGGCUGAUUCUUCGACAGCCACCGACUUCAUUACCCACUCAAUCAAAUAUUUUUCUGCCUUACGAUACAAGCAGUGAGUAUGGAGUGAAGUAUUGGCACAACGCUGCCUGACUGAACAACACUGAAAGAGAAAACUAGAAACCAGCACUUACCAUAAGGAAGGACACCUGUCAAUAGCAGUUUCAUUCCACCAGCAGGAAUCACAAAACAAAUUAUCCUAGAGCUUGUUUUUUUUCUUACCUUUUGCUUGUGUGUGUGGGCAUCAUUUAAUGCAGUUAAACAUGGUCAUUUGACUGGACAUGUUGACGCUUAGCCAACAGUGUUGUGGGAACAGAAAGUAUAGGUAAGUUGUAGAAGGGUGUUACAGAAGGUGUUAUGGGGACAGAAGGAUCUUGUAAGUUGAGCAUCUUGGAAGGUUUCACGUCAGGGUUGAUCAUACAAAACAGAGAUUAUUGCAUUUUAAGGGACACUUCAGGCAAUAUAACAACCUCAAGUUAAUUAAGUUGUUAUGAUACCAGGAGGUUCCUGGCACCUGCUUAACUUCCGGUGGUUAAACCGUUUAACCCCAAUGUCUUCAGUUUGGUGAUGGUCACCUCUGUGCAUGAACUUCCGUUUGAGUCCAGGACAUCAAUCAUGAAGGUACAUUUUUUACUCCAUUUAGUGAAUGGGGAGCUACUGAUGGGCUUAGAGUUCCAGCUGAUGCUCUCAGUCUACUAGCUUUGCCACUUUCCUUAGUGUCCUGAUUGAGCCUUUGGAUUUAAACAGAAGUUUGGGAGCAGAUCUAAUCAGCGCAGGACUGAAGACAAAGGGGUUUAAUUAUUUGUUACCAGUUUAACCCCUAAAGGUAAGCCGACCUCAUGGUACCAUAACAACUGCAUUCCUUUUUAAGUUGUUAUGGUGUCUGGAAUGUCACUUUAAUGCUAAAUUGGUUGUUUUUGGUGACUUGUUUUUUCCUUUGUCCAGUACAAACACAUGCAGGGUUCACUAAAGUGUAAAUUGUCAGAAAGUUAGAGAGGUAUUCACAUUUUAGGCCAAAAUAGCCAAACAAGAAAAAUGUCUGCUAUUUUUUCUAUUCAGCUAUUUGGGCGUAAAAUUUUAAAUUAACUUUGAAUUAAUCUUAAAUACCCAACAAUCCACACUUGAGUAACCCUUUUGAAUUGUUAGUAAUAACUGUGUGGAUCUCUCUGUAAGGUGUGAUUAUGUGUUUCUGAACAUGAUGCUGUGUAUUAGUUUGAUUUUGAAAGUUUUUGCACCCCCAAAUUGUAAGCUGACGUAAUGUGGAAUGGAGGUUCAUGGCUGUGUCUGUCCUUGAUAAAUAGGUUUGUCUCAAAUAAAUGUCCAUACCAAACAACAUGUUUGUAUCUUUCCAGAAAUAUAAAACAUUCUAAUAUAGGGUUACCUAACGCAUUCCUAGACAACUAUUGUUCUUCGUUUUCCCACUUCUCUGCCAACAUAUAACUCUUGGACAAAAGGGACCCUAUAUCAUUGUUAGCUCCAACAAUACUUUAAUUUUUUACUAUCAGUCAGUUCUUUGAAUUGCUGUUAUUUGAAUUGUUCAUGCUGUUUGUUUCAGGUAUGUGGAAUAUGUGUAUAGCAUAUGGAGAGGUACUGUGUAUGUGUACAUGCGAUCUCAGUGUGAAGGGACGAUGUACAGUCGUCCUUGAUAAGAGAGAGCAGAAUUUAUAUGUGCCUACAUGUCACUCGCAAAGAACAAAUAGUAGAACAAUUCUACUACUAUUUGGGGGUUUAAGUUUAAAGAAAUAUUAAUGUUUAAAUCAUUGAGGCGAUGUGCCUUGCUAUAAACUAAAUAGAUAGAUAGAUAGAUAGAAAGAUAUUCAGGCAGAUCUGAAACACUUAUAUUAUAGUGUUUAUUUUAAUAACAGGCUACUUCUCCCACAUUUGUGAGAGUGAGUGCUUUAAAGCUAAGUAACAAAAAUGUUGAUUAAUACUACUUUUUUGUAUUUUAAAACAGUUUGUGCCACAUAGUUAGAAGCGACUGUCAAGAGGAUGUGAACAAUAGCCCAUGAAUUAAAAAGCUGAUUACACUGGUAGCAAAUUGGAAGUAAAAAACAUUAGCCUUUCCCUUUCGAAACAGUGAUAUAUCUUUAAGUAUAAUCAUCUACUGUAAUAUGCAUGUAGCACAUGUCUAUGAAUUAAGAAUGUGUGGAUGGUUUCAAUACAUCACAAGGCAAGAUUGUAACACAUUCCCUACAGGGCUAUCAGCUCCCAGUGAACUAACAUGGAUGUUAUCCUGUACAUGUAACAGAAGUAUUUGGAUCAAUAGAGGUUGACAGAUAUUUACAAAUACAAUUGGGACAAAAUCGUAGAUUGUAUAUUUAGCAGGAAUGAGAUAACGUCCACUCAGUAUGUUUGUGUUUAAAUGUUUGUGAUUUUUUUUUAUAUAAGUACUUUUUAAAAUGUGUAUAUUUUAAGUGAAUUUUGUCUGACAUCAAUCUCUAAUUUUCAGUGCCUGACUCCAACUAUUUUGUAACAUGUUGUAACAUUGUAACAUACAUUUUGCUAUAUUGUUCAUCUGUAUAACUAACUGGGCAAAUAGAAAUUGCUUUAAUCCA